AACAGGCCUUCGGCGUUCUCUAGCUUACGCAUGGGCGAGGUCAUUCGCGAAAAGGUCCAGGAUGGCUUGACCGGAGAGACAAAAGAGAUGCAGUACACCCAGUGCAAAAUCGUCGGCAACGGUUCCUUCGGUGUCGUCUUCCAGACCAAGCUGUCUCCCAGCGGCGAAGACGCUGCCAUCAAGCGUGUGCUUCAGGACAAGCGCUUCAAGAACAGAGAGCUCCAGAUCAUGAGGAUAGUGCGACACCCAAACAUUGUCGAGCUGAAGGCCUUCUACUAUUCCAAUGGCGAUCGCGACGAGGUCUACCUCAAUCUCGUGCUCGAAUUCGUUCCCGAAACCGUCUACCGCGCAUCCCGCUACUUUAAUAAGAUGAAGACAACCAUGCCUAUUCUCGAGGUCAAGCUGUACAUAUACCAGCUGUUCCGCUCCCUCGCCUACAUUCACAGCCAGGGCAUCUGUCACAGAGACAUCAAGCCUCAAAAUCUGCUUCUCGACCCCAACAGCGGUAUCCUCAAGCUCUGCGAUUUCGGAAGUGCCAAGAUACUCAUUGAAAACGAGCCCAACGUCUCGUACAUUUGCUCCCGCUACUACAGAGCCCCUGAGCUCAUAUUCGGCGCAACCAACUACACGACAAAGAUUGGUACGUACACUGCGCAGCGCCAUGUGNAUGUCUGGUCCACUGGCUGUGUCAUGGCUGAGCUCAUGCUUGGUCAGCCCUUGUUCCCUGGAGAGUCGGGUAUUGACCAGCUGGUCGAGAUCAUCAAGGUUUUGGGAACUCCCACUCGUGAUCAAAUCCGCACCAUGAACCCCAACUACAUGGAGCACAAGUUCCCCCAGAUCAAGCCCCACCCCUUCAACAAGGUCUUCCGUAAGGCCGACCCUAGUGCCAUUGAUCUCAUUUCCAAGCUUCUCGAGUACACACCGACACAACGCUUGUCCGCCAUUGAAGCCAUGGUCCACCCUUUCUUCGAUGAGCUGAGAGAUCCCAACACUCGCUUCCCUGACUCUCGCCACCCUGGAGGUGCGACUAAGGAUAUGCCUGAGCUGUUCAACUUCAACCAUCACGGUAAGGAAGACGAUCCCCUCGGCUACGUAAUGAAGCAUGCUGACAGACCACAGNAACUCUCGAUUGCACCCCACAUGAACCACCAACUUGUUCCCCCACACGUUCGUCCUCAAUUGGCAGCAAAGGGCCUCGACAUCGACAACUUGACGCCUCUGACCAAGGAUGCUAUGAUGGCACGACUGGAUUAA